AUGGUGAACAUACAGUAUAUAUACACAGGGGUCACUCUACAUCAGCUCAUCACACCUACUGAAACCUACCUGAAACCAGCAUCAGUUACCUGCAUCAUCAUGAGAGGUGAGACUGCAUACAUAAAAGGACAAGGAUGCAAGUAUGAAUUUAUUGCGCCCAUGGAAGUGGUGAUUUUUCAUGCAUUUGCUCUUGUUCACUGUAGCGAUCGUGUUGCUGUGUCUGCUGAAAGCUGCCCUCGGCCAGGUGAAUAAUUUUGCCUGGGGUGGACCUGGAAACACAGGAACUGGAGCUGUUGAUUCCAACACAGAAAAUGGUGAGAUAUUGUCCAGAAAUAUUUUGUGUAUCAGGUUUUCAUGUCAACAGUAUCACAAAAUAUCCUGAUAGUGAUCUCUUAUGGAAAACUUCAAAAGUUUGUAACAUCAUCAGUCACAUUUAGGGAAGGAGGACAGAGGUGGAGCAACAUAUGACUACAUAAACUUCAACAAGAAACACAGUUUACUCAUACAGUCCACUCAUAUGUAAUGAUGGUCACACUAUAUGUUUACAAAUUGCAUUGUAAAGUAUUUUACAACUUCUGGUUGAUUAAAAGUAUAUAUAUAUAUAUAUAUAUAUAUAUAUAUAUAUAUAUAUAUAUACACAUAUAUAUAUAAUUAGUAACCUCUAGUUUUGUUGCUGUAUUAACUCUAAUCUUUCAAUGUCAGCCCUAGUCUAAUCCAGGACCCCCUUUUUUGUGUGUGUUCAGUGUGUAUCACAGACCAGGCAUCGUGCGGCUGCUGUUUGAUGCAGCAGCAAAUCCACAGGAUGAAGGAGUUCUUCAACAUGAGCCUGAGCGCGCUGGAGACAGAGCUGACGAAAACCAAGACCGUUCUCAAUAAUGUCAGAGGUGAGACAUAAUGUGUGAGGAACCAGAGAGGAGCAUGUGGCAUCAUUGCUGUUUGAAAAUCCAAAGCUAAAUAGCCUUUAACUGUGUUGUAAGAGAGAAAAUUUGCAUGAUUGAAGUCCUGGAGUGAUAGAUAUAUUCAGAGAAGCCAGCUCUUGUGUAUCCUCUCCAAUCUUUCCUCUGAUUUCCCUCCUCUCCCCUUGAUCCUCUCUUCUUGGACCUGCUUUAUGGGCUUUAGGGGGAAUUCCAGUUAAGCACCUCUGGAUUCAGAUAGUCAGACUCUGAAAGUUACAUCAGUUUAAAAAAACUUUUAAUGCACUGAUUAAACCCUUGAGUCCCCAUUUUUCCCUGAUGGACUCUGACUCCUACUUGGUGUUGAAUGUCGGUCUGAACAGUGAGGGACGUGAUCUGCUUUGAUGCAGGUUUUCUGACAGUUCUGCAGAAGCUUCAUGACACUCUCAGCUUCACUAAAGGAUUAUACCCUCCUCCAUAACGUGUUUCCCCUCUCCUCUGUACCCACAGCCAGCCGCAGCGCCUUCUCUGUCGCUCUGACCAAUCAGAACAAACUCAGCUGCUUCGGCCCCUUCAGAGACGACAAGCUCAUCCCUUAUCAGCACGUCUUCAUCAAUCUAGGAGGCAACUUCGACCUGAACACGGGGAUCUUCACCGUGCCCCGCUCGGGUGUCUACAGCCUCGCCCUCACCGUCUACAGUGACGCCGGCUCGCCCGGGAACACCUUGGCUGCCUGUGCCGGUCUGCUGAUAAACGGAAUGGUGGUGGCUGGACCCAGAGAGAAGAACAUGCAAGACCAAGAGGACAGUGCCACCAUUGUAUUGGCGGUCCAUCUGACGGCCGAGGACAAAGUAGCCGUGAACCUGCCAAUUGGAUGUUUCCUCUGCGAUGACAGCAGCCAUUAUAACACUUUCACCGGCUUCCUGCUGUACGCCACUGACUAA